AUGAACUUCGCUUACCCGCUCCCCCAUUCUCAAGAAGACUCUUGCCACUCGUGGCCUCGCCUCGGUUGUCUCCGAUGCGCCCUUCCAUGCCCACUACCCGGUGGUCCCCGCUGCGCUUCCGGCGAGACAUUCACUGGUGGGUCGUUUGGCGCACCGGUCUCGACUGUCGGCGAGACUGUCUUCACCACCUCGCUGGUGGGCUACCCCGAGUCUAUGACCGACCCGUCAUAUCUCGGACAGCUCCUUGUCUUCACCCAGCCCCUGAUCGGCAAUUACGGCGUCCCGAAGCGCACCCGCGACUCGUACGGUCUGCUCAAGCACUUUGAAAGCGAGAAGAUCCAGUGCCGAGGCAUCAUUGUCAGCGACUACGCCACAAAGUACUCCCACUGGAAUGCUGCUAUCACUGGCGUUGAUACGCGUGCCCUUGUGCAUAUUCUGCGUGGCCAAGGCUCCACCCUCGGCUCGCUGAGCGACAUUGACUGGGUCGACCCGAAUGUCGACAACCUUUACAAUAUUAUCCGCUCACUGUGCGACCAGGGUGCCAAGGUCUCGCUGCUCCCCUCGAUCGUAUAUGAUGGCAUCUUCAUCUCCAACGGCCCCGGCUCGCCCACUCACUGCACCAAGACCAUCGAGAACCUGCGUGCUGCCUUCACCGCCUACCAGCGCCCCAUCUUCGGCAUCUGCAUGGGCAACCAGCUCAUGGGUCUGGCGGCCGGUCUGAACGCCUACAAGCUCCGAUUUGGUAACCGUGGCCACAACCAGCCUGCCGUUGAUCUGACUACUGGCAAGUGCGUUAUUACCUCACAGAACCAUGGCUAUGCGCUUGACGACUCGCGCAUGCCCCAGGGAUGGGACCGCUACUAUGUCAACGCCAACGACGGAUCCAACGAGGGUAUCCGCCAUCUGUCUAAACCUUUCCGCUCGGUGCAGUUCCAUCCUGAGGCAAAGGGCGGACCGCUGGACACUGGCUACCUGUUUGCUGAUUUUGUCAACGAGGUCCGUGCUACGAAGAAAGCAGCCAACGUCGGUACCAUUGCCGAGGAGGCUGUUGCUGCCAAGGCUGCUGUUGCCGGUGCUUCUGCCUAA